UAGGGCGCGGCCUUGGUAAUUGCUCGAGGAAUCGAGAUGGCGGCUGCCGCGAUAAUGAGAAAGGGGGUGUCCGGCUGGGUCCGGACUCGGACCCGCUUCUUGGGAGGACUGUCACAGCGGCGCCGAAGUUGCGCCGGAGUCCCACUGGAUGAUGCGGUUAAUGGGCUGAGCGAGGAGCAGCAGCAGCUUAGGCAAACUAUGGUCAAGUUCUGUCAGGAGCAUUUGGCUCCAAAGGCCCAAGAAAUAGAUCAGCAGAAUGAAUUCAAAGGCAUGAGGGAGUUCUGGAAGAAGCUGGGGGAGCUUGGCGUUCUGGGAGUAACUGCUCCAGCUGAAUAUGGUGGAUCUGCAAUGGGAUACCUGGACCACGUAUUGGUGAUGGAGGAGAUAUCUCGGGCCUCGGCAGCUGUUGGGCUAAGCUAUGGUGCCCACUCUAACCUUUGCAUUAAUCAGUUGGUGAGGAACGGCAAUGAAGCACAGAAAGAGAAGUACCUGCCCAAGCUCAUCAGUGGAGAGCAUGUUGGAGCACUAGCAAUGAGCGAAGCCAACUCUGGUUCUGAUGUUGUUUCCAUGAAGCUAAGGGCAGACAGACAAGGAGAUUAUUUUGUUUUGAAUGGGAGCAAAUUUUGGAUUACCAAUGGGCCAGAUGCUGACGUUCUAAUUGUUUAUGCGAAAACAAAUCCAAGUGCUGUUCCAGCUUCUCAGGGAAUAACUGCAUUCAUUGUGGAGAAGAAUAUGCCUGGUUUCAGCACUGCACAAAAGCUUGAUAAACUGGGAAUGAGAGGAUCCAAUACCUGUGAAUUGAUCUUUGAGGACUGCAAGAUUCCCACUGCCAAUGUCUUGGGGCACUUGAGUAAAGGAGUCUAUGUACUGAUGAGCGGCUUGGAUCUUGAGAGACUCGUGCUGUCUGGUGGCCCCUUGGGGCUCAUGCAGGCUGUCCUAGACCAUGCAUUCCCAUAUUUACAUGUCAGAGAAGCUUUUGGACAGAAAAUUGGCCAUUUUCAGCUCAUGCAGGGUAAAAUGGCUGAUAUGUACACGCGGCUGAUGGCAUGUCGACAGUAUGUGUACAAUGUGGCAAAGGCCUGUGAUCGGGGACACUUAAAUGCAAAGGACUGUGCAGGUGUGAUUCUCUACUCUGCAGAAUGUGCUACUCAGGUCGCUUUGGAUGGAAUUCAAUGUCUGGGUGGAAAUGGCUACAUCAAUGACUACCCCAUGGGUCGCUUUCUGCGUGAUGCUAAACUGUAUGAAAUUGGGGCAGGAACCAGUGAAGUGCGGAGAAUAGUAAUUGGCCGGUCAUUUAAUGCUACCUUUAAGUAGCGCUGCCAUUAAAGAAGAAUUGCACUUCAAACCGGGAGGCCUUUUAUUUCGAAGACUGUAAAGUUCACAAGCAUUUUUCUGUUCCUGCUACCAGGAUGACCACCUCCAUUUGGCUCUUGACUUUCGGUUCUCCAUGCAAACCCAGCCAGAUUUUCUAAGAACAUGUGAUUAUGUUACAAUUACAGUGGAACAGAGUAGGCAGUUCAAGUGGAAUAUGUGGAUAUCUGCCAUCAUGCCUCAUUCUCAAAUGAAAUUUUGUCCACUUCAAAAA